CUGUGUUUUUCGACACACUGUUUCAAAAGGUUAGAAAUGGCGAGAUUGAGUAAUGGCAGAAAUUAUGGCGCGCUGAAGCACAUACCUCGACAAUCCCUCCUUAUAAUUCCUUUUUCAAAUUUAUUAUGUAUUGAAGUUCGCCGAGUCGAAGUGAUUUUUGAAAUUAUGUACUGGUUAAGUAAAUGCUUUGAUUCGUAGUUCAAGCUAAAAUUCUUUUCGUUUUUCUUUUUUCAAAUUUAUUUUUGUCAAAAUGGCGGCGACGAAGGGUUCGUCAUCGUCGCCGAUGUGUAAUUUGGCGGUUUUGGAUUCUUUGAGUGAAAACUCAAUCGGAGAAAUGGCGGAUAGCUGGAAUGCGUUUUGCGCAGCAACAGAAGCGCUGCUUAGAGGCGAUGAAAAUUUGUCGUUCGCUUCUGAUAUCGUGCCACGUGUUCGAAAUCUUUGCGUUCAUGGGCUCCAGUCACUGAUCGUCGAGCACUUCCUUUGCUCUGUGGAGAAAAUAUUUGAGAAAAAUGGAGCAUUGAGGUUUUGGAAGCAUUUUGAUGCCUACAGCAAAUUGGUAGUUCUGGAUAUGGAAGACAUGGAUCAACAAGGGGAGAUGCAAAAUGUGCUACAUACAGCCUUACAACAGAUAUCAUCUGAAAAGCAAUACCAAGAGAAGUGCCUAUUAGUGUUGAUUCAGGCUUUAGAGAUGUGCAGGGAUAUUAAGCCUACAGAAACAGCCCAUUCGGAUGCAGAACGAAACUACCUAUUAUCAAAAUAUCAAUUAAUAGUAACUUCGGUUCUCAUGGCUAGUCUUCCUCGACAUUUCCCUGAUGUGCUUCAGUGGUACUUUAAGGGACAGCUUGAGGAGUUAAGUGCAAUGAUGGCUACAGGCUCUGAGUACGAUAACAAGUUAAAUGUAGAUGAUGAAGGGGACCUGGAUUGCAGAAGAAUGGAAAUGGAUAUUGAUGAAAAUCAUCACCAACGAAUUAUACUGGGAAACAACAAAUUAGUAAAGAACAUUGGGGAGGUUGUGCGUGAUCUGAGGAAUCUUGGUUUCACCUCAAUGGCUGAAGAUGCCUAUGCGUCUGCUAUAUUUCUUCUAUUGAAGGCCAAAGUGCAUGAGCUGGCUGGUGAGGAUUUCAGAUUUUCAGUAUUAGAAUCCAUUAAGCGGUGGAUACAGGAUGUGCCACUUCAGUUUUUACAUGCCCUUCUUGCUUACCUGGGUGACUCUGUAAGUUACGGAAGCCCUACUUCUGGUCUGAAAUCUCCUUUGGCAUCUCAUCCAUCUUAUACAUAUUGUGGAAACGAAGUUCCUUCGGAGGGACUCAUCCGAUGGCAGUUGCGCCUAGAGUAUUUUGCUUAUGAAACAUUACAAGAUCUAAGAAUAGCCAAGCUUUUUGAAAUUAUUGUCGAUUAUCCUGACAGUUCCCCUGCUAUUGAAGACUUGAAACAGUGUCUUGAAUAUACUGGGCAACACUCAAAGCUUGUAGAUUCUUUCAUAGCUGCACUAAAAUAUCGGUUACUAACAGCUGGUGCCUCUACCAAUGAUAUAUUGCAUCAAUAUGUUUCAACUAUUAAAGCCCUUCGGACAAUAGACCCAGCUGGCGUAUUCCUUGAAGCUGUUGGUGAACCAAUAAGAGAAUACUUGAAAGGAAGGAAGGAUACCAUUAAAUGCAUUGUUACUAUGCUCACUGAUGGGGCUGGUGGAAAUCCUACUGGACCUGGGAGUACUGGGGAUAGCCUUCUUGAAGAGCUAAAUAGAGAUGAAGAAAAUCAAGAGAGUUCUAGCUUUGAUGAUGAUGUUUACACCGAUGACAAGCAAGCUUGGAUAAAUGCUCAAAGUUGGGAACCUGAUCCAGUGGAAGCAGAUCCCUUGAAGGGCAGUAGGUACCGGAGGAAGGUUGACAUUCUUGGUAUGAUUGUUGGCAUAAUUGGUUCGAAGGAUCAGUUGGUAAAUGAGUAUCGUGUUAUGCUGGCUGAAAAGCUUCUGAAUAAAUCUGAUUAUGACAUUGACUCAGAGAUACGUACACUGGAACUCCUGAAGAUUCAUUUUGGUGAGAGCAGCAUGCAGAAAUGUGAAAUAAUGCUCAAUGAUCUAAUUGAUUCAAAAAGGACGAACACAAAUAUUAAAAAAGCGACUAUCAAGCAACAACCUAAGCCAGUUUCUGACAUUGGAGAGGUUGAGCUUUCACUAGAUAAUGUUGAUGCUACCAUUAUAUCAUCAAAUUUCUGGCCACCUAUCCAGGAUGAGGCCCUUAAUAUACCUGGACCUUUGGACCAGCUUUUAAGUGAUUAUGCUAAAAGGUUUAAUGAAAUCAAGACCCCCCGUAAGCUCCUCUGGAAGAGAAGUCUUGGUACUGUGAAGUUGGAGCUACAAUUCGAAGAUAGAACACUGCCAUUUAUGGUCACACCUCUCCAAGCUGCCAUCAUCGGUCAAUUUGAGGAUCAAACAAGUUGGACGUCCAAGAAUCUGGCUGCUGCUGUUGGUGUACCAAUUGAUGUCCUGAACAGAAGAAUAUAUUUUUGGAUAAACAAGGGGAUCCUAGCAGAAUCAGCGCCGGAGUCUGGGGAUCAUACAUUUACUCUGGUGGAAGCCAUGGCCGAGGGUGGAAAAGCUGGAGUUGGCAGCGGUAGCUCUGAGGAGCUUAUAGCUGGUGAUGAGGACGCAGAGAGAUCGGUAGCAUCUGUUGAAGAUCAACUGCGCAAAGAAAUGACUGUUUAUGAGAAAUUCAUCACAGGGAUGCUCACCAAUUUCGGCAGCAUGGCAUUGGACCGGAUUCACAAUACUCUCAAGAUGUUCUGCAUAGGCGACCCCUCGUAUGACAAAUCACUCCAACAGCUGCAAAGCUUUUUGGCUGGUCUAGUUGCAGAAGAGAAGCUCCAACUCAGAGAUGGAAUGUAUUUCUUGAACAAGCAGUAACCAUCUUUUUUCAUUUUGACACGCUGAAAAUGUUAUUUAAACCGUCUUGAAUCAUGUAAACUAGUUUGUAUGAUGCCUAUUUCGUUCAGGUUCA